AUGGGUGGAUGUUUUAGCAAGAACAAGUUGUUGACCCCAGAUCCUCCUGCCAAUGGCUUCCGAUCAGAAAACCAAGCUCACCAAACCCAUUACAACCCUCAUCCCCAAUCCCAGCCGCUGCUGGAAAAACCCCACCACCGCCAACCGCCGGCAACUCACCACUCGCCUCCCAAAACUCCGCCGGCCCAAAAGCUAGAACCCAACAACAUCCUCGGCAAGCCCUUCGAGGAGGUAAAAUCAAAAUACUCCAUCGGCAAAGAGCUCGGCCGCGGCCAAUUUGGAGUAACCUAUUCCUGCACCGAAAUCUCCACCGGAGCCCACUACGCCUGCAAAUCGAUCCUGAAGAGGAAGCUCGUGAGCAAGAACGACCGUGAGGACAUGAAGAGAGAAGUUCACAUCAUGCAGCAUUUGAGCGGGCAGCCGAAUAUAGUCGAAUUUAAAGGCGCGUAUGAAGAUAGAAUGACAGUUCACUUGGUGAUGGAGAUUUGUAAAGGCGGGGAAUUGUUCGACAGCAUUAUUGCUCAGGGGCAUUACUCGGAAAAAGCUGCGGCCGAUCUGUGUAGGCAGAUUGUGAAUGUUGUGCACCAUUGCCAUUUUAUGGGGGUGAUGCAUAGGGAUCUUAAACCGGAGAAUUUCUUGCUAUCGAGCAAGAAUGAGAAGCCGAUGAUUUUGAAGGCAACCGAUUUUGGGCUGUCUGUUUUUAUUGAGGAAGGUAAAGUGUAUCGAGAUAUAGUUGGUAGUGCAUAUUAUGUGGCUCCCGAAGUUUUGAAGCGAAGUUAUGGAAAGGAAAUUGAUGUAUGGAGUGCCGGAGUUAUUUUAUACAUCCUUUUAAGUGGCGUGCCGCCAUUUUGGGCUGAAACUGAGAAGGGUAUAUUUGAUGCCAUAUUGAAUGAAGACAUUGAUUUCGAUAGCCAGCCGUGGCCUUCAAUAUCAAACAGUGCUAAAGAUCUCGUUCGGAAAAUGCUGACUAAGGACCCGAAAAGGAGAAUUACUUCUGCACAAGUACUCGAGCACCCUUGGAUUACGGGACAAGCAUCUGACAAGCCGAUAGAUAGUGCCGUUUUAUCUCGAAUGAAACAGUUCAGAGCAAUGAAUAAGCUCAAGAAACUUGCACUUAAGGUUAUUGCACAAAGCUUAUCAGAAGAAGAAAUAAAGGGACUUAAAGCAAUGUUUGCUAAUAUGGACACGGAUAAAAGUGGGACAAUCACUUAUGAAGAGCUGAAAUCUGGCUUGGCUCGGCUCGGCUCCAAACUUUCAGAAACCGAAGUGAAACAACUCAUGGAAGCUGCUGAUGUGGAUGGUAAUGGAUCGAUUGACUACAUUGAGUUUAUUACUGCCACAAUGCAUAGACAUAAGCUUGAACGAGACGAGCAUUUGUUUAACGCGUUUCAGUUUUUCGACAAGGAUAGCAGUGGUUAUAUUACGAGAGAUGAGCUGGAAACAGCGAUGAAGGAGUAUGGUAUGGGAGAUGAGGCCACAAUUAAGGAAAUAAUUUCAGAGGUGGACACUGAUAAUGAUGGAAAAAUCAACUACGAGGAGUUCUGCGCGAUGAUGAGAAGCGGAACUCAACAGCCGCUAAAGCUCUUUCAGUGA